AUGCAUAUCUUGUCUUUUAUCAUCUCCAUCAGUAUAGCCAUUGGUUUCAUCCAUGCUGCUUCCUUGGCAGCUGCCAGGAACAACAAUGAACAACAAGCUGUAGAUAUUUAUCCAGUGUCCUAUGGUGGACUCAAGAAGAGAUCCUCAUUAGCCAAACGAGACUAUGCUACCACAUUGCAGUAUUUGCGUGCUGCCAUGGCAAGUUAUCGCAAGGACGCUGUUACCCCACCCUCUGCUGCAUUUGUGCAAUUAGAGCAAAGUCUACCUCCUUCCCCACCGCCAGCAAGUGAAGCACAGCCAGUGGCUGUCCCUCCACCAGCAACUGUGGAUCCAGUUUGGGCAGUAGCGACAGAGCUCAUGCCAGCACCACCUAGUCAACAAGUCAUUGCACCGCCACUUGCUCCUGAACAACCGGACCCAUCUCAGCAAUUGGAUGCUAUGACUCCUUCUCCUCCCUCUUCAACUCCUGGUACUCCUACUUUUGAAGAAGAAGCUUCAGUUGCGCCUGAACCGCCUAUACAAGAAGUAUCUGCUACUCCAGAAUUAGGUAACGAGAGUACAGAAAAGACAAUCCCAAUUCAUGCAGAUAUUGAAGAAGACGAUGCAUUCGAUCCUGAAGAAGACCCAGAUGAUGUGGAUGACCCUCCUAUCGUCAAUGGUAUGCCAGUCGAUAGAGAAGAGUAG